CUACCGUAGAGCAGACACACAUACACAAAUAAACCAGCUUUUCAGGUAUCAUCACUUCUUUCACUACCAUCAUCUUACUCACUCUAUAGAAAUCGCCAUUAAGCUCUCUUCCAUAUUCUCAAACAAGUACACUUCGAGUAUCAUCUUCCCUCUUCCUCUUUUAAUUUUGCUGGUUUGAUCUAAUCGGUUGUAUAUUCUUUCUUAUACCCAGUUUUGUGAUUCUGAAUAUUGUGUUCCUAAUCCGUUCUAUUUUUGGGUUUGUGUUCUUAAUUUAGAACUUUGUUGUUUUCUUCUGUGUUUGUUUUCGGUGUGUGUUAUUUUUCUUUUCCUUUCUGAGUUUGAGUUUGUGUUCUUGAUUUCAGUCUUUGUUGUUUUUAUCUGGGCCUGUGCUGUUGUCUGUUGAUUAUAGUCUAUUUCUAGGUGAAUUUUUUGCAUUCAUUUAUUUUUUAUCAUGAAGAACACAAUGUUGGUGUUGGUUAUGAUUAACUUGUUGAUUAUUGUUCAUGAAAUUCGAUUUUCUUUUGCAAUUUUGGAACCUGUUGAUUUUUUAGCCUUACAAUCGAUUAGAAAAUCACUUGAAGACAUGCCUGGUUCUAAUUUCUUUUCUUCAUGGGAUUUCACCUCCGAUCCCUGCAACUUUGCCGGCGUUUUCUGCGACGGUGACAGAGUUGUUGCUUUAAACCUCGGAGAUCCACGCGCCGGUGCUCCUGGUCUCUCCGGCCGUCUUGAUCCGGCUAUCGGGAAGUUGACGAAUCUCGCUGAGUUUACCGUUGUUCCUGGUCGUGUCAUGGGUAAACUGCCGGCAACAUUGUCAGAGUUGAAGAAGCUCCGGUUUUUAGGCAUUAGUCGGAACUUUAUCUCCGGUGAAAUACCGGCGACUUUGGGUGAACUUCAAGGGCUACGAACACUUGAUCUCAGUUACAAUCAGCUCACCGGAAGUGUUCCUUGGGCCAUCGGAAGUUUACCAACAUUAGCUAACGUCGUUCUCUGUCACAACCAUCUGUCCGGUUCAAUACCUUCGUUUGUUUCUCAGACUCUAACCCGGUUAGACCUUAAACACAACAACCUCUCCGGUUCGAUACCUCCCGGUUCACUCCCUUCGUCGUUAGAAUACCUUUCUCUCUCCUGGAACAGUUUCUCCGGUCCGGUUGACCUUUUAUUACCCCAACUAAACCGGUUGAACUUCCUAGAUUUAAGCCUCAACCGGUUCACCGGUCAAAUCCCCAGUUGUGUUUUCAGUUUCCCGAUAACCAACCUCCAACUCGAGAGAAACCUUUUUUCCGGUCCGGUCCAGCCAUUCAAUGAGGUUGCAAUCCCAACCGUUGAUCUUAGCCACAACAUGUUGUACGGACAAGUGUCUCCACUGUUCUCAACAGUUCAGAAUCUUUACCUCAACAACAACCGGUUCACUGGAUCUGUUCCGACGACUUUGAUGGACCGGUUAAUGGCUGGAAACGUACAGUUGUUGUACCUGCAGCACAACUUUUUGACGGGGGUGCCGAUCAAUCCGAUGGCGGCGAUUCCACUGAGCAGUUCAGUUUGUUUACAGUACAACUGCAUGGUGCCGCCGGUUCAGACGCCGUGCCCGAUCGAAGCCGGUACCCAGAAGACCCGACCCACAUCACAAUGCAUGGAAUGGAAAGGGUAAAACUGGAAAUUGAUCCUAUACUCUACUUCUAAUCAAUCUCGUAUAAAAUAAACUAUUAUUAAACUAAAAGUAUUUUUUUAUUCAUUUGUUUUUACAUCCAAUUUAAUUGAUUUUUUUUAAACGGGAAUUAUAAAGGUUUAUCAUUUAUGUCAAGUCAAAAUUAUAUAUAUUUUUCAAGUUAUUUCAUCGUUUUGCAAUAUAAUAAUGUAUCGUUUUUGCCGUGAAAUAUAAAUUUUAAAUAAGUUGCAAAUAAAAUCCAUAUUUCGAAAAAUUCCAGAUAUAAAUAUACGUCGGUUUUUGAAAUAUGGAUUCCGUUUAUAACUUAUUUACAAUUUAUAUCUUCUUGCGAACAUAUACAUGAUUGUAUUAAACUUAUAUAGCAAAAUGAUGUUUUGAGCAUACAUAUUUUGGAUACGAGACUGGUUAAAUAGAUGUGUAAAAAUAUUAUUUAAAUGAAUACAUACAAGUUUUUUUUAUAGUGAUUGUUGAUGGUUAAUGUGUAUGUUUUCACCGCUGAUUGAUUGUGGUAUGUGAUUAGGUACAUAGUUAACCACGAAAAAAAACUUAGUUGUAUCAAUAUUUUAUACUAUAGUGGUUAAUGUUCAUUUUGAUUUGAGUACUAACAAAAA